AUGGUGCAAGGCUGGUCUGGUGAUAAGCUGAGAGAAUUCUGUGCAGAAAGGGGCAUGGAGUGGAAAUUCAUCACGCCUGGAGCGCCACACCAAAAUGGAUGUGCCGAAUCAUUGGUGAAAAGCUGCAAGUACGCUCUCAAGAGGGCUAUUGGAGAGCAAACUUUAACGCCCUUCGAGCUGUACACGUGCCUACUAGAGGUUGCUAAUCUAGUGAAUCAACGGCCGAUUGGCAGAAUCCCAACCGAUCCUGAUGACGGAAGCUACCUGAGUCCUAAUGACAUGCUCUUCUGCCGGCUCGGCUGCGCUCACAGUGACGUCACCUGCUCACCUGGCGCCCUCUACGCCGAAUACCUUCAGUAUAAGUUCGUCUCCCUGCCGAGCGGCGUGGAGGCAGGCAGCGACCUCAUGCAGCUGGUCGCCUACGACGGCGACGGUCGCCAGCUCCGCUCGCCGACGUUCACGAUAACCGACAACGACUCCAGCUACGGCUUCGCGAUCAGAACUUCCGAUGACAGCGGCAGGGGGGUGCUGUACGCGGUGCGGGGGCUGGCGGAUAGCACGCAGUACCGGCUGGUUGUCGUGGCGAGGGAGGAGGCAGCGCAGGAGGGGAGGAGCGCAGAGGAAACUAGCUUCGUCAUCUACAUAUACGUGUCAGCAUAUCCGUUCUAAACGAGAGGUGGAGA